AUGAUAAGCAGUGCGCUGCUAAUAGACGUCCUCCAGAUCAUCGCCAGCAUCUGCGCCAGGUUCCUCUACAAUGUCUACUUUCACCCCUUAGCCAGAUUCCCCGGCCCAUGGCUAUACCGCGCCUCCUCGAUCCCGAUCGCCAUCGCCCAAAUCCGCGGCAACUUCCACGAAGUAACCAAAGCCGCACACGAUCGUUACGGCGAGGUGGUGCGCAUGGCGCCCAAUGAAUUGUGCUACAUCUCCCCACAAGCGGUCAGCGACAUCUUCACACGCCGCAACGGGCUGUAUUCGCUACCUAAGGACGAGAACCUGUUCAAUACCACGCUGAUGGAACCUGGAACCCUGACCAUCGCAAAGGAGGACGAGCACCCGCGCCUUCGCCAUAUGCUGGCACCUGCGUUCUCAACGAAGGCGCUGCAGGAGCAAGAGACUAUCCUUCAACGCAACGUCGACCUGCUGAUCGGACAGAUGCACGACCGGGCCGCCAGAAACGACACGGUGGACCUCAAGACGUGGUACAACUUCACCAGCUUUGACAUCGUCGGUGACUUCGCGUUCGGGCAGAGCUUCGGCAGCCUGGAGCGCUCGCGGCCGCAUGAGUGGGUGCAGUUCGUGCUGGACUACAUCCAGGUUGCGACUUACAUGCACGUCGCGCGGCGAUUCUACCCGCUCGAUAAGCUGCUGCUGCGGCUGGUGCCGCGGGCGAUGAUGGAGCACCGGGCCGAGCACACGCGGAUGGCGCUCGAGAUCGUCCAGCAACGCAUCGAUCGGGAUCCAGUUGUCGAUCGCCGGGAUUUCGUGCACUACAUGCUGCGAGCGGUCGAUCCGGCGGCCACCAACGAGAAGGGCGGAGGAAAGAAGGACCAAGUCGUCAGCACGCGUGAUGUCGAGAAGCAGGCCAAUAUCCUCAUCCUGGCAGGCAGCGACAGCACCGCCACUACCCUCUCUUUUGCCACCUACUUCCUGACCCAGCGUCCUAGCUGCAUGGUCACGCUCCGGCGUGAGCUCCGCGCCAACUUCUCCAACGAAAGCGAGAUCGACACCCUUUCGCUCGAUCGACUUCCGUACCUUCAUGCCGUUGUGCAAGAGACGCUUCGCAUGCGUCACCCCUUUCCCAGUGGGUUCGGAAGACAGACCCGGAAAAUGGGAUCUGUAGUGGAUGGACAGUUUCUACCCGCAAAUACUGUGGUCAACAUCCACCUAUGGAGUCUCUUCAAUUGCGAGUCCUACUUCAAAAGGCCCGAUCACUUCGCGCCGGAACGCUGGCUCGGUAAUGAAGAGUACGCCGACGAUGCCAGAGAGGUUUUCCAACCUUUCUCCAUCGGACCCCGGAAUUGUCUUGGCCAGAAAUUCGCAUUGAACACAAUCAAGUUGGUCCUGGCAAGGAUGGUCUGGAACUUUGACCUCGCUCUUGCUCCUGAGGCCCGGGGGUGGCUGGAGCACCAGCCGGCUUUUGUUUCGUGGGAGAUGCCGCCGCUGCUGCUCGAGCUGAAAUUGGCGGAUGUGCAGAGAUAA